AUGGAGAGAAAACCUUCACCUUCCCCUAGUGCCGGAAAAUUGUUUCUCCCCUUUGCAACACUUGACAACUCUGGUUCUGUCCACCAACGCACGGACGUGGUCAUCGCCCACUGUGACAUCUUCAACUUGAUCGCAUCAUUAUACUGUUGUGAGCGUUGCAUCCCUUUUAUUAUCGUCGGUAAUGGCUCCAAUUGUCUUUUCGAUGAUUCUGGGUUUGAAGGUUGUGUUAUUCUGAACCGGAUUGGCUUUCCAGAGCGGAUCGAACCCGACAUCUACAGAGUCGGAAGUGGUUACCAGUUCAAUCGGUUAGGCGUGCAGUGCACUAAUGAAGGUUUUUCUGGUCUUGAAUUUGCUUCUGGGAUUCCCGGGACCGUAGGUGGAGCUGCUUAUAUGAACGCUGGAACCAAUGGACAGGAGACUGUCGAUGCCAUCGAUACAGUUGAGAUCGUUACAGUGGAUGGGGGGCAUAAAAUUUUGUACAGAAGUGAUCUCGCCUUUGGGUACCACAUGUCACCCUCUCAAGCGAUGCAAGAUUUGGCAGCAAUUGUGGCCGUAACACUUCGUCUGUUGCCUUCAGCAUCAGCAAAGGAGCGUCAACAAGCAUACCUGAUAAAAAGGCGAUUGUCUCAGCCUGUGGGGGAACGAACUGCUGGAUCGGUGUUCAGAAAUCCUCCUAACAUGAGAUUUUCAGCAGGGGAGCUUAUUGAGAAGGCUGGGCUGAAAGGCUUUAGAGCUUUUUCAUCAAAACCGGCAGCUCAAAUUCCCGAGAGAAGUUUGAUCUUAUUGGCCUGGUCAAGGCAAAAGUUAAAAAGGAAUUUGGAAUACGACUCCAAGGAGAAAUACAAUAUGUUGGUCCAUUUUGUAAAUAUGCACUAA